CCCUCUCACGGCAUUGGCACGGAGCAGCCCACUCCUUGUGCCAGAUCAGUCGGUCCUUCCUGCUGCGCGUUCCCCUGGAAGCCAGAACACCAGGAGCUGGGUGUCCCAGGGGGCUGGUCCCUGCUCCCAGCCCAGGCUGGCAGUGCCCUGGGGUUGGGAGGGCAGGGGAGACGUCGGGGCUGUUUAACCAUUAAACCUGGGGCGUCUUGGGAGAGGCGGGGACGCGUCCCUGCCACUUUACCCUGUACCUUGCUCCCUCCUGCGUUCCCUGCAGCCAUGAAGCAAACAGAAGGGCUCGGGGACAAGACAUCCAUCAUAAAAUUUGAAUUUAACCCCAAAGAUGGGAUCGACAACCCUGCCUUGACACUGACUGAGGACACGGAUGCUGAGGGUGUGGGGGAGCCCCGCUUCUACUUCCUGAGCAAGGACAGCACGGAGACCUUCGGGUUCUGCCUGCACGAGGAGCUGAGCUGCCAGGGCCACAUCAUCCGGCAGAUCGAGCUGGGGGGGGUGGCCCAGCGCAGGGGGCUGCAGGACGGGGACAGGCUCCUCCAGGUCAAUGGCCACUUCGUGGACCACCUGGACCACACGAGGGUGGUGCAGAGGAUCAAGGCCAGCGGGAACCAGGUCCUGCUGGCGGUGCUGGAUGGUGAUUCCUACGAAGCUGCCAAAUCCCUGGGCAGGGACCUGUCCCAGAUGCUGCCCGCUGACAUCCGCCCACGCCUCUGCCACAUCACCAGGGACAAGAGCGGGUUUGGCUUCACAGUGUCGGGGCCAGAAGGCACCAAGGGCACCUUCCAGCUGUCAGUGAGGCAGGAUGGGCCAGCAGACAGGGCAGGGGUGCCAGCAGGCUCCUGGCUCCUGGAGCUCAACGGGGACAGCGUGAAGAGCUACUCACACACCCAGCUCACCAGAAAGCUUAAGCAGAGCGGCAGCAAGGUGACACUGCUGGUGGCAUCCAGUGCCGUGGAGGAGUUCUACCGCCUGCGGGGGCUGCGGGUCACGGCCGCCCUGGCAGACCCUGCCUGGCUCCCCUUCAAGGCCCGGGAGCUGCACUUGGUGAAGGGUCCAGCUGGCUACGGGUUUCUGCUCAAGGAGGACGGCUGCAUCUCGGGGGGCACAGGCCAGUUCCUGUGGGAGGUGGAUGAGGGGCUGCCAGCCGAGCAGGCGGGGAUGAAGGACGGGGACCGUGUCCUGGCAGUGAAUGGCGAGAGCAUCGAGGGGCUGGACCACGAGCAGACAGUGCACAGGAUCCGUGCCCACGAGGAGUGGGUGACACUGCUGGUCAUCGACCCUGCUGGUGAUGAGUUCUACCACUCAAUCGGGCUGUCCCCUCUGCAGUUCUUUGAGGACAGUGACCCUGCCUCAGGCUCCUGCACACCCUCUCUCAGUGGCUCCCCUGGACCCUGUCAUGUUGAGGUGGCACCAAAGGGACCUGUCUCCUGGCUGGUGGCUGCUGCCAACAGCAUAGAGCUCGUACAGAGCCCACGCCAGCAGGAGCAGAAAAGGCUGUGCCAGUCGUUUUAGUGGCCCAGGAGCCUCUGGACAGGCUCUCCCACACAGCACCUCCACCCAGGCCACGUCCAGCCCCUCAGAGCACAGCAUGGACCUUGCCCACGCAGCUCCUGUGUCUCUGUGACGGGGCUCACGGCAUCCCACCUCCCAGAGAUGAUGGACAUGGCUCCCAGCUUUUACCGACCGUGGUGGCAGCUCCUUGUAGCCUGAAGACAGACCUGUGUCUUUGCCAGCCCAGCUGCCUCCAGGGAUUUCUCAGGACACUGCCCCAAAGCCCUUGCCCAGCUCCAGGCUCUGGGAAUUCUCAGGAGAGCCGAGGCACUGCCCUCCAUGCCAUGGCCCAGGGGAAUGGGGACCUCGAGGCUUGGCUCAGGGCUGACCUUUAGGCUGCCAUGUGAAGAGGGAAAGGAGCAGUGGAGGCCAACGGGGUGCUGGAGGAACCCCCCACCUUUGAUCUGCCCGUGCAUGGACAUUUCCUGUGCUCCUCUCACCCUCCCUGUGAACCUGCGGGCAGUGAGUGCCCAGCACCCAGCACAGCACUGUUCCUGCACUGCUCCAGCAUCCCCCGUUUGGGGUGUGAUUAAAGGACAAAUCCACACUGGGUAAUGUUUUGGAGAGCACUGGGAUUUGACAGGACCCGUCUUCUCUCACUGAAGCAACCGAGGGGAUGGGCAGCAGAUGUGGGAACCUCUCCAGCUGUCCUGACAGGGAGGUAAGGGCUAAGAGCCACCCUGGGAGCCCCAGGGCACUGCAUCUCCAGGGUUUUGGGGCCAAACUCCUGUGGGCACUCUUUGUGCUCCAUGGCAGUGGUCCUUCCUGAGGGUUCCCUUUGCAGGAACAUCCAUUCAUGCACACAGUGCUGGGGCAGGAGGGAUCCCAGGAGGAGGAAGUUUUACCUCUCUGUCAAGGGGGGGAUCCCAGGAGGAGGAAGUUUCACCUCUCUGUCAAGUAGGGAUCCUGGGAGGGGGUAAGUUUCACCUCUCUGCCGAGCGUGGGAGAGUGAAAACCAGCAGGGAGUUUUGCAUGUGGCCAAGACCGCAAACCUCUGGCUGAGGUUUUACCUCUGCUAAAAACUGGGCCCUGCUCGAGCUGAGAGGAAAUGGAAGCGAUAGCAGAGAAGUCUCUGUGCCUCUAUGGUGUCCUCUGAGCUCAGUGCAGGCCUCUGGGGUGCAAGGAGUCCGUGUCCAGAGCCUUUGGGGUGCUGACAGCACGGGAGGGAGAAGGGCAGGGUCCAGAACACCCAAGGGAGAGGUGGGAUAAACUUGGCUGGCUGCCCCCAGCAGCAGCAAGGUGUGGGGUCCCUGCAUCUGCCCAGCUGCACCCUCCCAACAGGAGAAUAAUCCCAAGCAAAAGCAACCUUUGCUUGAAGUCUCACAGCCCUGACUUGGAAGUGAAUCAUGCCCAGAGAAGGAGAUAGUCAGGAAUGCAAUUGCUCAAGCAUGUUCCCUGAUCUCUUUGGCUCGGAGCCAUGGUGAUUUUUGUAAUUUGGCUCUAACAAAGCUGGUGUUGCCCUCCCCAGCUCUCUUCCCCAGGUACUUGUGGUAUCCUGGAGCUGGCCAGGGCACCCGCUGGUGGUCAAUCCGGCUUGACUAUUAGCCAGAAUCCAUUAGCACCUAAUGGGAAAAGCCUCAGGAACACGGCCUCAACAAACGUUGACAUAUUUGAGGUCAAUAUAAUCCUUAGGAAAAUUUGCCCAGGUAAUUAAAGCCAGACAAGGAGUUGCCUGUCCCAGAAAUAUUUUACUGAGCUUUACCAAAGGCAAUGAAAUAAAAGACAGAGGGUUUUAUAACCGAUCCAUGCCAGGCUCCCUUGCUGUAUGUCCAAGCUCCAGGCCUGAGUUCAGGGUGCCUGUGCUCCCCAAACUGCAGCACUUGCUGUUUCCCUUGGCCCCUUCCCCUCUCUCAGCCCCUGUGGUGAGGCUGAGGCCACACGGCACCAACCACAGCAGGUUUUUCACAGAGGAUGAGCCCUUGUCCCUGGAAGAGGAGAUGAAAAGAGGAUCUGAAGGCAGCAAAGAAACAGAACUG